CGAUGUAUCGUUGAGGAGGUACGAUUUCCAACGGGCAGAACGGGCAAAACGGACAGGAAUCGCGUGGCUAGGAUAAUGUAAGGUGUUUGAGAACAGCUUGGCAGACGAAAUGACGCGCUACAGGAGGCUGCUGGUGCUCUCGAUCCUUCUGAUGGCUUACGGCCUGUUCGUGGUCGACGCGAGGCAUCGGCAACACGAGGACACCGCGAACGACGCGAGACAUCGACACAGGCACAGGCACGAGUCCAUCGCCAACCGAAGGAAUCGUCAUGAUCUCGCGGACAGACGAUCGACUUGGUCGCAGGAACUCGACUAUCUCGAUUACGACGCUCGGCUUUAUUACGAGAGGUCCUAUCCUCGGUCGGCAAAAAUAAGCCUUCACGGGCGAAUGUUCGAACCGAGUUAUCCGGCCUGGUACCAUCGAGGUGGCGGUUAUCGCGGAACCGGCUGGUACGACGAGGACGACGAGAAGCGCAGAGGUUCGUCUCGACACGGCUGGAGAAGCUACCGACAAAGGUCCGAUAGAAACCAUCACAAGGUUAGCCAUUCGAGAAAUCGCGACCCCGACUACGACUCGGGCUCCGACGAUGUCGAACGCGAGAAAACUCGUGGCCCCGACGAGAACAGCUUCGAGAGACAUCACAGCUGGUGGAAAAACGGCCGGAAGCACAGGAUCGGUUCGAGACGCGAUUGGAAUGAAAAUUCCGAGGACUACGAAUACCACGAGGACGAGGACUAUGAAUACCGCGAGGACGAGGACGACGAUACGGAUAAAAACGAGGAGGACGACGACGAUACGGAUAAAGACGAGGAGGACGACGACGCUUGGAAGGAGACCGACGAGAAUCGGACCGAGGACGACGAGGAAUUCGACAACGAUUUCUACAAGAACGACACGAAACCGCCGUUGAAGACGUACGAUGAUAUCAUCAGACGGCUGACGUCCGAAGAUCCGACCACGGCCAGAACAACCGUCAAGAGGGACUACAGGAACAUCGCGGUGGACAGAUACGCGACGAAGCGAAACGCCUUCGGGAAUUUCAAAAUGGUGCCGAGAAACAUUUCCAGACCUCUGGUUCACGGCAAAACCGUGAGUUCUCCCUAUGUUAGCUCCGCGUCGAAUCACCACGCCGACAAGAAGACCGCCGAGAAUUCGUCCAGCAGGCUGCUAGACUCGCUGGCCGACCGUAAAUUCGCGAAGAAUGCCAUGAGCGUCGAUCGGCAGGAGAAGAAAGCCAGGUUGAAGAUGGACGACGCUCAGGCAAAGACCAAGAGCCUUGAGCAGGAUUACGACGAGUACCCGAAUACCACCGAUAACGAGAAGGAGGAGGAUCUAAUCAAGGCUGGAGUCGAGGAGGACACAGACAUGCAGGCGGACGUCACUAACGCGGACUAUACCGAGAAUGAGGACGAGGACGAGACGUCCACGACAACCACCACGACAACCACCUCGACCACCACCACCACCACCACCACAACACCCAAACCUACACCUGCCCAGAACUACGAUUACAGGGAUCCCAGGACGUACGAUAGCGGCACCGGUGCCCAAUACAACGGCUAUCAAGCGAAGAACGAUUACCCGUCGAUGUCCGGGCACAGCGUCCACAAGUGGCAGUCUCUGGGCACUCGAGAGAGCGUUAAAGAAACCAGAAGCAACAUGCAGCAGUACAACAAGAACGGAAAGACCGCGGAAAUUCGAGAGGCUCUUCAGCAUGCGAUCAAAGUAUCCCGAGAGGGUAGCUGCCAGUGGCCACGACCGAGGGUGAUUCCGGUACGCGACGUUUACCCGAGUCCGUCGACCACGUACAUUCCACACUGCGCCAUCCUGCACAGGUGCUCGGACGAUACCGGAUGCUGCAGAUCGGAAGCGCUCACCUGCGUGCCGAAGCACUCGCAUCGCGUCGAACUCUCCUUCUACACGACGAACGUGGGCGGCGGCAGCGUGGUGGAAAAGCUGUCCUUCUACAACCACACGGAAUGCGAGUGCAGAGAGAGGACCGAGUACGACACGACCAACGAGAAACCCUCCGAGCAAAGAGUCUACAGGCACUAUCAGCCCUCCCCGCAACCUCAGAACAUGAGAAGGGCACAACCAAGAAAGCCAUGCCGUUGUCCCUCGGAAUUCACGCCAAGGAUCACACCCGAGGGCGAGUGCCAGUGUAACUGCUACGAGAAUCAUCAGAAUUGCAUCAAGAUCAGACGGGGCAAAGGAUACUUUUCCCUCGCCGAUAGGUUAUGCAUCCAGAACGAGGAGUGUGCUGCGCCCAGUUGCGAGUUCGGCGAAUACAUGCGACGACAAGGGAAGUGUCCCCGAAAGAAGGACAAGUUCGACGCGAUCGUAAAUUUCCGGACUAACCUGAGCCACCGGUAUAGAAGUUAGAAACCGGAAAGGCUCCAAGAA